AUGGCGGCCCUCCCCUCCGGUUGGGAAUGGGACUACGAUGGCUCCCGCUGGUUCUACCGCUACAAGCCCAACGGCCAUGUCCAAUUUCACUUCCCGAAAGAGGGCGACGAGUUUCCAGACUUUGUCGAUUGCUUUUCACCAGCCCCCGAGCUUGCCCCCGAGGAGAAGCUUGAGAGCCAACAACAGCUCAAAAGACGAACCACGACCGAUGCCAAUCCAACAUCCAAGAUGCGCGCUACUGGCGGACCCAUGUCCGACUUUGGUAUGAGUCGAAGUGGUUUUGGAGGACCCAUGAGCAAUGACGAUGACGAUAGCGACGGCUUCUUCUUCCAGCCCGAGAACUUCAUGUACCUUGGCCCCGGCGCCUACGACGACAUCAGUCCGGAAGCUGACGAGGACGAUCGCGAGGAGGCAUUGGGUAGGCCGAAUGUUGGUGAAAGCGGCGAAGGCAGCAGUACCAAGAACCAUGCGAUGCUCGAUGUUGCCAGUAUGAAGUCGGGCGUAUCGCCGCUACAAAGCGAGACCAAUACACCCUCUAUCAUCAACAGUGUCCCUGUGCAAGGGGCUGAAGCUACGUCCGAGGCACGGGCAGAGACGACUACUGAGCAGCCUCUCAACGUCAACACUAAUACCAGCCCGGAUCCCAGCCAGGCCCUCCCACCCUCUCCUGGCGUUCCGCUCCUUGAUUCAGUCGAAAAGCCUCGGCCUGGAUUCUCAGCCAAUUUCUACAGUCCGCCAUGGGACCCAGUGGGUACCAUGGCCGAAAUGGCAACGGAGCACACGGCGCCAGCUCACAUCGAAACCCACCCUGACCCGGUUGAGAUGGCCGACACAGCAGUGCUAGCACCCAUCGAGACGAAUUUCGCCGACCUGGGUAUUGCCGAGUUACCAGAGCGGACGAGUCCGGCGGAGGCAAAGCCGCCAUCUGCUCAGUCUACCCACGAUUUUCUGCAUCAGACGAACAUGAGUGAUGCAGCCCUCUACGGCGCUACUUUUGGAACCGGAUCUAGGCCGCAAAAUUCAUCACCCUCUCGGAGAUCUACAGCAUCUCAGGGACCUCGACGCGAUUUAGGUACUGGGAUCACAACUCCUGAUCACUCUCUGCCAGAGGUGGUGCCUCCGCCGGCGCCGCAACCAACGCAAAGCCCCUCACCAACUCCGAGCGGAAGUGGUCCUUUCAACAUCAAAAGAAAGCCUUCCAAGUCGGCGGGCAAGCAGACUCAAUACCACCCUUAUGUACCCGGAGCAGUCAGCAGCAUAGCUACAGAGCAAUCGAGCACGACUGACUACAAACCCCGAGAACAUCGUAAUUCCCUUGCUCGGGAUGGGUCCCUAAUGAUAGGCCCACGAAACAAGUUCGACCAGACAAGUAUGCCCUCUGUUCUCAAGCCUCCUCAGCUGCCGCCCAAAGUUCCCAUGGACUCGUCUCAAGCCCCAAGCCCUCCCGCCAAUCACCAAAGAGCCCCCGGCACAGCCAGUCAAACUUCAGGCCUCGUCACACAGGGGCCUCUGCAACACUUCCCAUCAGUGCUGAAGCCAGCAAGAGGACAGCCACAGAGCAGAGCCCAGGACCCGUCGCUCCCGCAGUCAGCAUCUUCUGAUAGUCCAGGCAAGAAAGGGACAGGCAAGGAAACGCAAUACGCGGCAUUCCAACCAGGUCUCGCAAGCCAGAAGGCACCUUCACCGUCUCAUCAAGACAACACUCAAGCUUUUUCCUCCUCCGCCACAAUCUCGCAGACAUCUUCUAGUCGCCAAGGCCCGCAAGUUCAACGACCCGAGACGACGCCUAUUCAGUCAUCGCAAGACCAGUAUGGAAUAGCAAACCAAAGCGGUCAGCUUCCUGCAACAAACACCCCAUCUGCACCCGCCUUCCUUCAGCGUCCGCGAGCCCAGAGUGAAAUUCGCCAACAACCAUCUUCCGCUCUACACCGAACAUCGAUAGACUACCCUCGCGAUGAUACGCAAGGAUAUGACUCUAGACCAGACGGGGGACGACCUCGGCAGACGUCGUAUGCUUCAAGCGAGGUCUCGUCCCUUGGGCCCCCGACAGGCAGCCAGUCAUCAGUUCCCCUCCAAACUCCAUCACCGUUGGAGAGCGACGGAAGACGCCAUUCUUCCGGCUUCUUCCAUGGUGCAAACUCGAACUCUUAUUCCUCACAGUCCGGUGCUGGGUUCGGUACUGCAGGUUUGAGGACAGCAUCAACUUCUGGUCCCUCUGCUGCGCCGACGACAAUAGAGAAUUCCCGACAGGCCUACAAAUUCGCAGAGAGCCAAGCUCCUCCAGCUCGACCAGGGAAGAUUCCAGUAUCAUCAGUGGCCACGGCUCAUCCCAAUCAAGUCAUGGAGUUUCAGACUUCUCGCGAAUCUUACACCCCUUCGUCGAAUCGCCGUCACUCUCUGCCGCCUGGUAGCACGGCGAGCCAAACAGCGCUACCGGCGUCUCAGCAAUCGCAGCCAGAAAGAUACGAGUUGUCAGAUCAGAUUCAAGGCCAAACGCGGCCUCAUUUCGACUCGGUGCAUUGGGAGACAAGCGGCACUAGUGCUGCUGAGGCUGCUCAUGGCAUUUCAAGGCCGUAUUCAGUGCAUCCUAUGGCGAUGCAAUCAGGACAAUCUAGUAGUCCAGCCUCAGGAGCCAAGCCCGUAUUCACUUCACAACCACCAUACCCAACCGAUGAUAACCGCCAACCCGUGACACUGACAAAUCGCCCAUCUCGUCCCACAGUAACUCUGCCUCCCCAACAAGGUCUUGGCCCAAUGACCCCUUCCACGCCUAUAAGGUCUCCCGGUCAUCUACUUCACCCUAUUCACGAGCACAACGAGAUCGAAAGUGUGAUGAACUCUGCUCCUAAUCCCUCAGGAGGACGAAUUUCCCCAAAUACCCGAGGGUAUACUUCUGAAUCGAGUUUCGCUCCCCAUCCAGCUUACUGUCCAGUGGCGAGUAACACCCCACCGGAUCAAGCUACAGUCAACAUGGCAGGACUACCUCAGUCAAGCGCAAUGCGCCCCGGAUCAACCCCGCCCGUCAUGCAACAUUCGGCAAACGGAAAGGAAAAGGGAGGCUGGCUGUCCAAGUUCAAGAAAGGAGGCUCUAGCAAGUCCGGUGCCCUUCAAAAGGCCCCGCCGCCACCACAAGGAAUCCCGAUAGCUCAACAGCCGAUGCAUGGUGCACCUCCUCCGCCAGUUUCGAUGUCGGGAAACCUUAUGGCUGCCGGCGUAUCAACAGAUCCGAGGUUAAGCCAACAAGCGGUGCCAGUCAUGUCUGGACAACCAAGCAAUGUGCCCAACGCUCAAUAUACGCCAUUUGCCCUGUUAAGUAGGCCAGAAUCUUCGAGUAACCAGGCCUUCACUCCAAACACUAGCAGUCUUCAGCAAGCACCAGUUCGCCAGAAUUUCCCGGUUCAGAGCAACGCGUCUCUACCUACAGGGCUAGCGUCUCAGCCUAUCUCUCAAGCUCAAGGACACUCCAUGACCGGGGAACAGAUCCAACAACGUUCAGCCAGCGUGCCACCUGGAGGCUUGGUACUGCCCUCAGGUUCACCGAUGGACCAUAUGGAUAAUCUCUCAGACGCUGCUUCUGUUUCGACAAUGGACGUAUCUGAAGCCCAAGCACAGCCGGUACUAAGGCCGCAGCUUGUCACAGUUGAGCGGCAUGCUGCUCAGCCAACUCGAGAGCAACCCGUACCGCACAAUGUCGGCCACACUACUCAAUCGGCCCGGCCGACUCUUGAGGGGCGUCCUCUUGAUACCAAGGCGCUCGCAGACAGCGAAUUGACUGUCCCGCCUCUGUUCUCGAAGCCUCAGCCAAAUACUACCGUCAGCACCGUUCCUGUAGAUCAAGGUCCCGCUGCUCAGAACAAGUGGACGAAGAAAGCUGCUGUGGACUACUCUGGGGACGACUGGGGCGAUGACCCAUGGGACUAUCAGUAG